AUGGGUCAUUUACCAAGAAGUAUUGGAAACUUGACUGAGCUUCAAUUGUUACGUCUUAUUGCCAAUAACUUGGAAGGAAAUAUUCCUCAAACAAUUGGUGAGCUCACAAACUUGAAAAUUAUACAAUUCUUAUCUAACAAGUUGUCUGGCCAAAUACCAAGGAAUUUUGGAAACUUGACAAAACUUCAAGAGCUAGACCUUGGUGAAUAUAACAUUGAAGGAGAUCUACCAGGAGAUAUUGGAAACUUAACCAUGCUUCAAAUGUUAACUCUUGGUUACAAUAACUUAAAAGGUAAUAUUCCAUCAAAUUAUGGGAACCUCACUAAUUUGUAUAAACUCUCUAUAGAAGAAAACAGUUUGAUUGGAAGGAUUCCAACAACAAUUAGUAGCAUACAAGAUCUUCAGUAUUUGAGUCUUGAAGGUAAUAAGCUACAUGGUGCAAUCAUUGAAGAGCUAUGUGGAAUGCCAAGACUUGCUUAUUUAUAUCUAAGUGAGAACAAGUUUUCUGGAUCAAUGCCGCAUUGCAUGGGAAAUGUUACCUCCUUACGAGAACUUCACCUGGACAAUAACAAGUUAACUUCAGAAAUUCCCUUUUCUUUUUGGAAUUUGAAGGACAUAUUGAUCAUAAACUUGUCUUCAAAUAGUUUAGUUGGAAAUCUAUCACUCAAUAUCGGCAACUUAAAAGCUCUUGUGUCAUUGGAUUUGUCAAGAAAUCAUAUUUUAGGAAUCAUUCCCUCAACCAUGGAUAGCUUGCAAACUUUGCAAAAUCUCUCCUUAGCAUAUAACAAUUUGCGAGGAAAUAUUCCCAAAUUACUCGGAAAUAUUCCAAGUUUAAUGAAUUUGGACCUUUCCCAUAAUAAUUUGUCUGGUGAGAUUCCCAAAAAUUUGGAGUCACUUGUUUAUCUAAAGUUUAUCAAUCUCUCAUUUAACAAACUACAAGGAGAGAUUCCCAGUGGAGGUGUUUUCAAAAAUUUGACUGCUGAAUCUUUUAUGAUUGAUGAAGCUCUUUGUGGUAAACAAGAACUAAAAGCAUCCUCUUUUAAACAAAGACAACCAAAUUCAUGGGAUUCUUUCGAAAGGGACUCACCAAUUUUAGGAGGACAAAGAAGGAUUUCUUAUUUUGAAAUUCUAGAAGCAACUAAUGGAUUUGAUGAGAGUAACUUUAUUGGAAGUGGGAGUUAUGGUGAUGUGUUCAAAGGAAAGCUUUUGAAUGGGAUGAUGGUUGCAAUUAAAGUAUUUAAUUUUGAUUCUGAGAAAAUGUCAAGGAGCUUUGAAGUGGAAUGCAACACAAUGCGCAAUGUGUGCCAUUAUAAUUUGGUGAAGAUCAUAAGUAGUUGUUCCAAUGUUGAUUUCAAGUGCCUGAUAAUGGAGUUCAUGCCUAAAGGGAGUCUUGAAAAAUGA